CGUACCGUCAAAUUUUAUCAUUUAAUGAGCAAAUGUCGGUGAGCUUUCCACAGAUCACAGCAAAGCGUCAACCACGGUGGUGUAAUUCUAAAGCAAAAUAAUUCAAUUCAGAUCGAUUCGAUUUGUACAACAAACUCUCCAUUCCAUUUCUCAGCAUAUUCUUCGCAUCGACAGAAUCGCGGGAACUCAAUUCUGUAACAUCUCGCAUCUUCUAGGGUUUAUUUCGCACCUCAUUGCAUUGAUUCAACCGCUGCCAGUUGAAUUCCGGUGGCGACACCAUCAGAUCUAAGCCUAAUCUAUAAUAUCUUGUUUUCUCAGAUCAUAUAAUUCAGUCCUGACAUUUGGAGGAAGGAGAAAGUGAGCGAGGGAGGCUUUGGAAUUUGGAUGAUGAAACAAGGCAUGAUAGAAUGCAGUGUCUGUCAUUCUAAGUUGGUGAAUCCAUCCGCAAAGACAGUCUCACGAGCUUAUGAUCGACAUCGAAGCAAGCUUUCAAAAAAGCAUCGUGCACUCAAUGUUCUCUUGGUUGUUGGUGACUGCAUGUUAGUUGGCUUACAGCCGAUUUUGGUGUACAUGUCCAAAGUUGAUGGGAAGUUCAAUUUUAGCCCCAUCAGUGUUAACUUUCUGACAGAAGUUGCAAAGGUUGUCUUUGCACUUGUCAUGCUUCUAAUUCAGGCUAGAAAUCAGAAGAUUGGAGAGAAGCCACUUCUUUCUGUAUCCAGCUUUGUACAGGCAGCUCGCAACAAUGUGCUUCUUGCUGUUCCAGCAUUCCUCUAUGCUAUUAAUAACUACCUAAAGUUCACAAUGCAGCUUUAUUUUAAUCCUGCAACUGUAAAGAUGCUAAGCAAUUUGAAGGUCUUGGUAAUUGCAGUUCUCUUAAAAAUGGUGAUGAAGCGUAAAUUUUCAAUAAUUCAGUGGGAGGCUCUUGCUUUGUUGCUUAUUGGAAUCAGCAUAAAUCAAAUGCGUUCUUUACCUGAGGGCUCUACUGCAAUGGGUCUUCCAGUUGCAAUGGGUGCAUAUGUCUAUACAUUUAUCUUUGUAACUGUUCCAUCUAUGGCUUCAGUCUUCAAUGAAUAUGCACUCAAGAGUCAAUACGACACUAGCAUCUACAUGCAGAAUUUGUUUUUAUACGGAUAUGGUGCUAUUUUCAACUUCCUAGGCAUCCUUGGAACUGUCAUUAUUAAAGGUCCUGAAAGCUUUGAUAUUUUACAAGGACAUUCAAAAGCUACGAUGCUUUUAAUUGUGAACAAUGCAGCUCAAGGAAUUUUAUCCUCUUUUUUCUUCAAAUAUGCUGACACAAUUUUGAAAAAGUAUUCAUCAACAGUUGCUACAAUCUUCACUGGCUUUGCAUCUGCAGCUUUAUUUGGUCACACUCUUACUAUAAAUUUUAUGCUUGGAAUUUCCAUUGUUUUCAUCUCAAUGCAUCAGUUCUUUUCGCCUCUUGCUAAAGUUAAGGAGGAUGAAAAUGGAGUAUUGGAGUUGGAGCCAGUUCAAAGCAAUCAUAGGGACGCUUUCGUAAAUAUCGCAGCAGGUGCUAACGAAGAGGCUACUCAUCAUGUAGAAGCUGAUGAAAGAAGGCCUCUCCUUCCUACUUGAAUUGGCAACAAAGUUUCUUCUUUGAAGUGUUUUGUGGGACCCAGGUGAAGAAGAAGGAAAAAAGAAAAGGAUACUUUACAAUGAUGAUGAUAAUGAUUGUGGAUAUGGUUGAAAAAGUAUACUCAAGUUUAGAUAGAACUUUAAUAUCAUUGUAUACAAACAACAUGUUAAGAAGAUAAAAAAAAUCGGGAAUUUUUAUUUGUGUAUUGUUUUUACCUUUACCUUUACCUUAGAGAAAGACCACUCAUCCAACAUUCAAAUUCACCACUUUUUUGGUUGUGUGCAAGUGUAAAUCUAGGAGAAUUUUUGAUGUGUUUUAUUCCUUGUAAUAUUUGGGUUCAAGAGCAUUAUUAUUACUUGUAAUCUCCUCAAAUUCGUUUUUGAGUUUUGUUUUAUCAACAUAUAUGAACUUAAAUGUCUUUUACA